ACUUCUCCGGUCUCUACGGCGCACUUCUCCGGUCACAGGGCGACGUGAUUCACUAUGGAACAUCAUACAUAUGCGCAAGAAAAUUCAAUCAUAAAAAGUAAAUUAGAAAAAACAACCAAAAUAUACCACCCACCAUUGUUGCUGCUAGUAAGCUGUUACUUUCAUCGAUCGGUUCUGCACUCGAGUUCAUUGGAAUUGGAAGAUUCAUUCGAAGAUUCAUCGGAAUUGAAAGAUAAAGAAGGGCGCUCCUGCUAUCCUUUGAAGUUGGUUCAGAAGUUGAAGUUUUAGCUGAGAAGUUCCUGUCCUGGACAAAGUGAACAAGUCAGACAUAGCGAAGGAGAUUCUAGAGGUGUUGGUGACUAGUAGUAGCAGAUAGAUAUUCUUUGUUGAUUAAGGUCUUUAUGCAUGGAGGAUAUAGAAGACUUGUAUAAUGAUGGGAUGUCUAGGGACAAUGAUCCCUUGUGUUAUGAGCAUCCAACUGAGACGGAGCAUGAUAUUUCUCAAAAAGGCACUAAAAGGUAUCGAGGUGAAGUAAAAGGGUUAAAGUCCCCUAAUGUGCCAAAAUUCCUAGAAUGGGAUUCAUUUAAUCGACCAACUGGUCAUUGGUUGAAGGACUAUAGGCAACAAAUUGGGAAGACAGUGCAUACUAAGGUCAGUAUUUUGACAAACAAAUGGGAAGAGGUACCUCAAGGUCUUCAAGACACCCUUUGGGAUUACAUUAAGACUAUGUAUCAUAUUGACAACAAUCCACUGAAGAAAAAGUAUGUAAUGGCACACUUGAGUGACCGGUUUAGGGAUUGGAAAGCUAAGUUGGUAAGUGGACAUAUCACAAAGACAAGAAAAAUCUCGCCUAAUGCCAAACCACCUUACCUUGUAUAUGAAGCCAUCACUGAAGAAAUAUGGCAGCAAUUUGUUGCAGCUAAGACCACCGAUACAUUUAAGGAAAUAAGCGAGAAGGCACGGAAGAGUCAGUCGCACAAUCUGCAUCCUCAUUUUAUGGGGCAAAAAAGCUAUUCACAGAAGGAAACUGAAUGGGAGGUUGAAGGAAGAUACCCUUCAGUCGGAAGUACAGAUUCAACCAUGAGAAAACGACAUCUAAAUUGGAUUUUUGGCCGGCAAAAGAAAAACGAAAAAGGAGAAUAUGUUUUCCCUAAAGAUGAAGCACGCCUGGUUGGUGAAAAAAUAGACAAGGAGGUUCAGGAAGUCGAGCAAGGAAUUUGGACUCCACAUAGGCAAGAUGAUGUCUUAUCCCGUUCCCUUGGAAAGAAAGACCGUCGUGGACGUGUGGUUGCAGUUGGAGGAACAAUCGGCCAUCAAGCAUAUUGGGGGAAACCGGUUCGAAAUAAUGGAGAAUAUGAUCAUUUCUCACAAGCCGAACUAAAAAAGAUUGAAGGCGAUUUUGAGGCUAGAAUAGAGCAAGUGCGAAAGGAAACUAUAGCUAUGAUGGAAAAGAAAAUGGAGGCCGUAGUUGAGGAAAAAUUCAUUAACUUGGUGACAAAAUUAGGUCUAAAAUUGCCGGUUGGGAUGGAGAUUGGAAAGACCACAACCACUACAACCACUACGCGGAGUCGUAGCAACUCACCUUCUGUGGAGCUAGAGCCUAAUUCUGACCCAUUUGCGGAGUUGAAGAGUCCUUUAGCAUGUCGUCUGUGCCAACUUGAUGAUUCCCAACAAUUAGUAGUCGUGGCUAGGGGUGUAGCAUAUCCGUUCAAUGCUGAAGAUGUAGUACACCAUUCUGCAAUGAAGCCUGGUUAUUUGAAAGUUAGUGUGAACUCAUGUGUUCCUGGCUAUGAAACUGCACCUCUACCUGUACCCAACUUAGAGAUGAAGGAUGUUGGGGGAGCCGUAAAAAGUUUCGUCCAAUGGCCUAGAAAAUUGAUUAUAGGGGACAAGGAGUUUGUUCCGCGACGCAAGAUGAGUAGCGACCAACCGUUAGCGAUUAAUGUUGCUGUUAGUAGUGAUAUCGUUGUGGAGCCUGAUUCGUCUAUGAAGUUGAAGGUACAGGACAAGCGGGAUAAGGAAAAAAUUGUUGAUACUCAAAACACUGUUGAGUUCACUAUGGAAAGGACGCCGCUUGUUUCACAUAGUGUAAUGAAGCAUUUGAGUGAGUCAUGCAAACGACUCGCUAAUAUUCUUACUGAUCUGCCCCCUGGUGUGGAAUCCAUAUCUUUUCAAUUAGAUGCUGAGGUAUUCGGAUACAAGGAAAAUUUUUCUAGCUAUAUCUCAAAGGAGGAUGUUGUCCAACUUCUCAGUGGGGCUUGGUUAAAUAUAUCAACCAUACAAAUAUUCAUCAGGGCCUUACACGAAAAAUGCAAGAACUUGAGUGUUGACUCAAUCACAUUCAUGUGUCCGCAAUUGAUUUCAGCAACUACAUUGUUGGCAAGUUCGGAGAACAUAGAUGAAGCAUGUGAAUACAUGGCAAGGGUAAUGAAAGCAGCUUCCGAAAACAAUCAAAAGAUCCUAGCCCCAUAUCAUCAGAACAAUCAUUGGGUGCUUCUUGUGAUUUACCCUACCAUAAAUACGGUUCACGUAUUUGAUUCAAUUAAGAAGAAACGCAGCCUAGCAAUAAGAGUGGUAUUGGAUAGUGCCUUCGAAACUUACAAGGCAUAUGGUGGGAAAAGUAAAGGUCCACAAUUACAAUGGGGUGCUGCUGUGUGUGCUCAACAGGAUGGGGGUACUGAGUGCGGGUAUUUUACUUCAAGGUUCAUGUAUGACAUAGUCCACUCAUAUAGUGGAAGUGAAAAUCUAUUCAAGGAUUUUAAGGUGACUAAACCUUAUACUAAUGGGCAAAUUCGUGAAGUUUUAACUUGUUGGGCUCUAUACUUUUUGGACUUUGUAUUCUCCUGAAGUAUAGUAUUUUGUUAGAAUUAAAAGCUACUAUUAUUAGAAGAUAUUUACUUGUAACUGUUAAAGCUUAUCUUCCAUUGCAGUUUUAUUUGUUUUGAAAUAUUUUGAUGUUUUGGACAACUUGUAACAGAUGUCGUUUUAGGAUGAUUUUAUGGAUUUUGAAUGGUUAAUGAUUUUGUAUUGGUCAUGGGCAAUAUUUUAUGAUA